CCUGUGCACCGCGGCGAGGGUGGCGGUGGCCUGAGCAGCGCGAGUGUGAUGAGGCUGCCCUGCCUCGCUGCUCCGCUCGCCGCCAGCUGACAGCGCCUGCCCGCAGCACGCCCGGAGGGGAGCCGCGGGGCCGUGACCUUGGCCGAGGAGGGCAAACUGAUAAUCCCUAUAACAGAAGGACCAAGAGCUGGGUGAAAUGGCCCAGGGGAAUAAUUAUGGACAGACCAGCAACGGGGUGGCAGAUGAAUCACCCAACAUGUUGGUGUACAGAAAGAUGGAGGAUGUCAUAGCACGCAUGCAAGAUGAAAAAAAUGGAAUUCCCAUCCGCACUGUCAAAAGCUUCCUUUCCAAGAUACCUAGUGUCUUCUCUGGGUCAGACAUUGUUCAGUGGUUAAUAAAGAACUUAACUAUAGAAGAUCCAGUGGAGGCUCUCCAUUUGGGAACGCUAAUGGCUGCCCAUGGCUACUUCUUUCCCAUCUCAGAUCAUGUCCUCACACUCAAGGACGAUGGCACCUUCUACCGAUUUCAAACACCCUAUUUUUGGCCAUCAAAUUGUUGGGAACCAGAAAACACAGACUAUGCUGUUUACCUCUGCAAGAGAACAAUGCAAAACAAGGCAAGGCUAGAGCUAGCAGAUUACGAAGCCGAGAGCCUAGCCAGGCUACAGAGAGCAUUUGCCCGGAAGUGGGAGUUCAUUUUCAUGCAAGCAGAAGCACAAGCAAAAGUGGACAAGAAGAGAGACAAAAUCGAAAGGAAGAUUCUCGACAGUCAAGAGAGAGCAUUCUGGGACGUCCACAGGCCUGUGCCUGGAUGUGUAAAUACCACAGAAGUGGACAUUAAGAAGUCAUCCCGAAUGAGAAACCCACACAAAACACGCAAGUCAGUCUAUGGUUUACAAAAUGACAUCCGAAGCCACAGUCCCACCCACACACCUACACCAGAAACCAAGCCUCCUACAGAAGACGAGCUGCACCAACAGAUAAAAUACUGGCAAAUACAGUUAGAUAGACAUCGAUUAAAAAUGUCAAAAGUUGCUGAUAGUCUACUAAGUUAUACGGAACAGUAUGUAGAGUAUGAUCCAUUUCUUGUGCCACCUGACCCUUCCAACCCAUGGCUGUCAGAUGAUACGACUUUCUGGGAACUUGAAGCAAGCAAAGAACCAAGUCAACAGAGAGUAAAACGAUGGGGUUUUGGCAUGGAUGAGGCAUUGAAAGACCCUGUUGGGAGAGAGCAGUUCCUUAAGUUUCUAGAAUCAGAAUUCAGCUCAGAGAACUUAAGGUUCUGGCUGGCAGUGGAGGACCUGAAGAAAAGGCCUAUCCGAGAAGUACCGUCUCGAGUGCAGGAAAUAUGGCAAGAAUUUCUGGCUCCUGGUGCCCCCAGUGCCAUUAACUUGGAUUCUAAGAGUUAUGACAAAACCACACAGAAUGUGAAGGAACCAGGACGAUAUACUUUUGAAGAUGCUCAGGAGCACAUUUACAAGCUGAUGAAGAGUGACUCAUACCCCCGCUUUAUAAGAUCUAGUGCCUACCAGGAACUUCUACAGGCAAAGAGAAAGGGGAAAUCUCUCACAUCCAAGAGGUUAACAAGCCUUGUUCAGUCUUACUAAAAGGAUCACCUUUGUGACAUGGACGCUGAAUGCAGCCAUCACCCAUACCUUGUAGCCCAUUGCUGUUACCUGGAGCUGAGGACGUUAGACCAAGAUGUUGCAUGAAGGACCUGAAUUGUUCUUUUCUGUGUGCACAUUAAGGCAUCGCCAUCACCAUCGCCAAGGGACUCUUUGCCAUCACAUUGCCUCCAUCUCCACCUGUCGUCUGCUUCCCUUCCUCCUCUUACUAAGCUGGGUUUGUGUCUUUUCCUUUUUAACCAGUUCAAGUGAAGUAAAACUUUAUUUUUCCCCCUUCCUCUUUUUCUUAAAGCUUCUGCUAGAUACACAGUUCACAAAAACUUCAGUCAGUCACAAACUGGAAGAAUUGUAAAAGAAAAAAAGUAUAUUAUCAAUAAGUAUACACAUGGCUUCACAUUUAUUAAAUAACAAAUUAGCACAGGAGUUGUCAUUUCACCCUUGUAUCCACAGUCUGAAACAAAUGCCCAUCUUCGUCUGUUCUCUGGACAUUGUUCAUGUUUCCUGCAUUUAUUUUUAUACCAUAUUUAAAUGAGAAAACACCUUUUACUCCAAAUGUAUCAAAGUUGACCUCUUCUCUGUAAAUUUGUGUAUGUUUAUAUUGUUGUUUUAUCUUUCAUUAAAAGAUUCAGAAUCUCA